ACAUAUGAACGUUUCAAUCCGACUGCAAGUAGUUCAGCGGGUAAGGCGAUAUUGUCAAAAGAACGCUUGAAAUAUGCCAAAGCACAAUUUUCAACCUUCGUGAAAGACGAAAUUGUCGAAAAGAAAAUUCUGGAGCAUGCUCCGAUCCCCGACGAUCCACACUUUCAGUGUAAACAAAUAGACGAGUAUGUCUAUCCUAUAAUGGACAAAUUAAAUGCCAAUUUAGAUCGAGGCGCUGAAAAGGGCAUUCAAGGUGUCCAAAAACGUAUCUUUAGAAUAAUGGGCCCACUCUCGCAACUAUGGGAGAUGUCGGAUUCCAUUAGAGAACAUUCCAAAGAAAACCCAACAGUGGAUAAUGUUGACAUAGCACACAUGUGUCAAUUAGUUGAAAAGACUGUAUGUUGUGUUGGUCAGGCAAGUCUAGCUGUAGAUCGGCAUAGACGAGUAAACACUUUACUGAAAAUGACCGAGGAUUACAAAAAAGCCAAAGAACUUUUGGACAAAAACGAGGAUGUAAUCUCUCAAAGUGGAAAUUGUCUAUUUGGGGAAGGCUUCAAAAAAGUCCUCAAAAAGUCGAGUAAGACCUGGGAAGAAGCCUCAAAAAUCGCCUUCAGUAUUAAAAAAGGAAGAAAAAAGAAGGGUGGUUUCAAGAAAAAGAGACGAGGGGGAUAUCAACACAUGAACUACAAUUACAACCACGAAUCAAGCCAUGCAAGUCAUGGUACAAAACACAGACAUGCCAAUCCAAGGAGAGAAAGAGAAUCGCCCUUUCGAGAUGGGCCCUCAGCACGAGGGAGAGGAGCUGGGGGCAGAGGCAUGGCAAGAGGACAUGGUAGUACAUACAGAGGUAGAGGAUAUAGAAGGUCAGUAUCCCUUAGAGAUAAAUCCAAGUGUAAUGAGAAACAGUCAAGAUUCAUAUCACUUACUUUCAAUAAUCAAGACAAAUGUACCAAAAGUAAUCCUGGACAAAAACUUUCAAAUUUCCCAAAUUCAGUGCAACCUUCCCAUAGCAGGAAGGUUAAGAUGGUUUUUAAAAAACUGGCAAAAAAUAACAGGAGAUCACUUUAUUCUCCAAAUAGUUCAAGGUUACAAACUAGAGUUCAAUACCCUACCAUUACAAAGGCAACCUCCUCAAUAUCCGAUGUUCAACAGAGAACAAAAAGAUUCUCUAAAUCAGGAAAUUCAGAAAUUGCUAGAAAAAGGAGCAAUACAAUCUGUUCACCAAGAACAGACCCAAUUUUUAAGUUACAUGUUCCUGGUUCCAAAAAAGGACGGGGGAAACCGUCCAGUGAUAAACUUGAAAAAAUUAAACGACUUCAUAACAUACGAACACUUCAAAAUGGAAGGUUUAUACAUGGUACGGGACCUGCUAAAAAAGGGGGAAUGGAUGUGCAAAAUAGAUCUGAAAGACGCAUAUUUGACCACAAACAUUUACGAGGAACACAGAAAAUAUCUAAAAUUUCUUUGGGACGACAAAAUUUACCAAUUUACAUGCCUUCCAUUCGAUAA